AUUAUUUUCAUGGGCAAAUGAAGAUAGUCGAGAGAAGUGAAUAUUUUGGCAUAAGGAAAAAGUAUUGGGUAAACAUUUUGAAUAGGCAGGGGCAGUCCUAGUCCAACUCCACUGCAUCCCGCCGCUAGUGAUGCUAAGGUGCCCAACGGCAGUAAGAACUCUCAGAAAUCUGAUGGAAGUUCAGUCUCAGCAGAAGGUGCAUUUUCACUAUAAUCACACUGAUUCUUGCAACUUCUCCAGAUGGACUGCCAGGGAAUGUUACGAGUUCAUGUAUGCAAGGCCGUGGCACAAAGUUGUUGACUUUUAUGCAGACAUGGUGAAAGGCCAUACUUCAUUGUCAGAAUUAUUUGGGAAAGAGAGACCUGCUGGCCAUGAAGAUGCUGAAAUUCGAGAGGACCAUGAGAAAUCUGAGUUUGUGAGUUUCCCAGUUAAAGAAAGGGGCGGAAGAUGGGCGAGGAUAAAUUUUAAGAUUGUCCUUUCUUAUCAUGGAGGUUCUUUUGAUGGAUGGCAGAAGCAGCCUGAUAUGAAUACUGUCCAAGGGUUAAUCGAAAGAUCUCUCGGUGAGUUUGUUGAUGAGAAGAAGGCCCAAUUAUUAAAAGAUAAGAAUUUACCGCUAGAAGGAUGUGCUGUAGUUGCUGGGCGUACAGACAAGGGCGUUUCAGCCUCCCAACAAGUUUGUUCUUUCUACACAUGGAGAAAGGAUGUUAAGAUUGAAGAUGUAAAAGAUGCACUUGAUAAGGCAGCCCCGGGAAAGAUCAGGGUAGUUUCUCUCACCAAGGUAUCCCGGGAAUUUCAUCCCAACUUCUCUGCAAAAUGGAGACGCUAUUUGUAUAUAUUCCCUAUUGAUGAUGUAUUAGGCGAAAAACAAGGGGGUCAAAUCUGGAUCGACGGUUGCACUGAUGUUCAUCAACAGAAUGAAUGUGGUAAGAGUGCUGUUGACGAAAGUAAUGGAAAUUUAACCGAUGAUGACAAUGACGAGCUGGUGCAUGGAAAUAAACCAAUCAAGUUUGAAGUAAGCAAGGUUAACCGGCUUUUAGGUCAGCUUGAAGGAAAGCUUUUAUCUUACAAAAUGUUUGCACGAGAUACUAAAGCUUCAAGGAACAAUGGUCCACCAACAGAAUGUUUUGUCUUCCAUGCUAGAGCUAUUGAAACUUCAAUACCAUGUGCACAGGAUGGGAGUCAUAUGAAGGCGAUGUGCAUUGAGUUAGUUGCUAACCGUUUCUUGCGGAAGAUGGUUCGUGUUCUUGUGGCAACUGUAAUUAGGGAAGCAGCUGCUGGAGCCGGUGAUGAUGCCUUGCGGAAGCUGAUGGAUGCCACCUGCAGACGUGCCACUGCUCCACCUGCUCCAUCUGAUGGUCUUUGCCUGGUCGACGUGGGUUAUACAGAUUAUGAUAGAAGUCUCUGCCUAAUUCCUUAAAGAAACAAGGCAGAUGAGUUGUCAGUAUGGAUCCUUGGUGAGUUGAUGAUGAUGAUAUAUGUAUGAUAUACAAGAUGGAAAUCAAGUGGAAACAACACCACAAGGCUUGGAGUGGAUCAACAAAAGCACGGGACAAGAUUUGACGUAAAACAAACACUUUGGAUGUCAAUGGCGCGUAUCUGACCCAAUCUAUAGAUAUAGAGCGCAUUCCAUAAAUAUAUAGCUUCAUAAGGGACCCAAAAUAGUGUGUCUCUGCGAUGAGGGCGCGUUGCGCACCCUAGUCUUCGCUAUGAGCUCCACGACGCGGACCUAGUGCAAAAAUCAACAGUUUUGUCCUCCUAUAAAUAGGACACUUGAACUUGAUGUUAUAUUGCUUGGACGGCUUUGAAACUUUGAGAGAGGAUAGAAAACACUUCAAAUAGGGUUUUUCUUUCUUUACUUUAGUUUAUUUAUGGAUUUUAUCUUGUAUUCAUCUAUAGUGAUUAUGACUAUGUCCAUGAGUGGAUAAAUGCCCCCUUUCUGGGGUUAAGGCCAAAAGCAUGAUUACUAUUGCUUU